UGUGUAGCCCUGUCUAUGCUGGAAUAUAUUUAUUUAUAUUUAUUUUUUCCUUUCACUGCAGGCUUCGCUCUGCUGGGCGGACACCCGUGCUUCCUGACCACGCAAGACGUCCACCUAGGCGUGAAUGAGAGCCUCACGGACACAGCUCGGGUGCUCUCCGGCAUGACGGACGCGGUGCUGGCCCGCGUGUACAAACAGUCGGAUCUGGACGUGCUGGCCGAGGCGGCGUCCGUCCCGGUGGUCAACGGACUCUCGGACCUGUACCACCCGGUGCAGAUCCUGGCGGACUUCCUCACCCUGCAGGAGCACUACGGCUCGCUCCGCGGCCUCACCCUCAGCUGGAUCGGGGACGGGAACAACAUCCUGCACUCCAUCAUGAUGAGCGCCGCCAAGUUCGGGAUGCACCUGCAGGCGGCGACCCCCAAGGUACGAGAACUUUCUGCCUUUGUUUCUAGAAUUUUCCAUUUAGUAUUUUUUUUCAAUUUAUUUAUUUCAAUUUAUUUCAACUUAUUUAUUUCAAUUUAUUUAUUUCAAUUUAUUUAUUUCAAAUCAGACCGGAUCAAACCGGUUCAAACUGGAUCAAACCAGUGUAGACAGGUUCAUAACUGGAUCAGAGUAGAUCAGACCGGAUCAAACCGGUUCAAACUGGAUCAAACCAGUAUCACCGGGGUGAUCCUGCUGGCCGUGGGCGUCUGGGGAAAGCUCACGCUGGGCCCCUACCUCUCCCUGGUCGCCGAGAAUUCCACCAACGCCCCGUAUGUGCUCAUCGGCACCGGCACCGCCAUCGUGGUCUUCGGCCUCUUCGGGUGCUUCGCCACGUGCCGCGGCAGCCCGUGGAUGCUGAAGCUG